AUGUCGGCAGAACCCAAGAUCCUCGGCCGACGUCUGGAAGGCAAGGUCGCCAUCGUGACGGGAGGUGGAUCCGGAUUCGGAGAAGCCAUCUCGAAGAGAUUUGCUGGGGAAGGGUGCAAAGUCGUCGUAGCCGAUUUGGAUCCCGUCGGUGGCGAGAGAGUAGCAAACUUCCAGCCCCGCAGCAUGUCCUUCAUCAGUACCGACGUGGCCAAGGAGGUCGACUGGGAGAACCUGCUUGAGAACACUCUUGAUAAGUAUGGUCGAGUUGAUAUCUUGGUCAACAACGCCGGAACGAGCUACAAGAACAAGCCUACAGCCGAAGUCACCGGAGACGAAUUCGACAAGGUCUUUGCGGUGAAUGUCAAGAGCAUCUUCCACUCCGCUAGGCACUUCAUUCCCAAUCUCAUCAACCAAGGCGAGGGCGGAUCGAUCAUCAACAUUGCUUCUAUCGGUGCCACAAGACCCCGACCAGGACUCGUUUGGUACAACGCAAGCAAAGCCGCCGUCACAAACGCUACGAAAGGUCUAGCAGCCGAGUACGGCGAGAAGCAAAUCCGCGUCAACGCCGUCUGUCCUCUUCUAAGCGUUACCGGCCUCUUCGAGACCUUCGUCGGCGUGCCCCCAACCGAAGACAACGUUAACAAGUUCAUCACCCAGGUCCCCCUCGGACGCCUUACCCACGUCACGGACGUGGCCAACUACUGCCUCUACCUCGCGAGCGACGAGGCCAAGUUCGUCACGGGCACCUGCCUGGAGAUCGAUGGCGGAAAGGGAAUCUGA